CGACGGUAUCAGUUGAAGCUGUUUUAGGUCGUACAACAAUUUUACCCUGUGAUAUUGAACCAGAAGCAAAAGAUGAUCGUGUUUAUAUGGUACUUUGGUUUCGUGAAAGUGCCGGUAAACCAUUAUACAGUUUUGAUGUCAGAGGUAGACCAUUUGAAAAAGCUUUAUAUUGGUCGGACGUAAAUGCUUUUGGUCCAAGAGCAUUUUUUCACACAAAUGCUGUACCAGCAACUUUAGCAGUAGAUAAUGUACAACUAGACGAUGAAGGAGUUUACAGAUGUCGUGUAGAUUUUCAAAAUUCACCAACGAGAAAUCACAGAAUUAAUUUAACGGUUAUAGUUCCUCCACAUCAAAUAUUAGUUUAUGAUGCUUCAGGACGUGAUGUUGCUGGAGCUGUUGGUCCAUUAUUAGAAGGCGACAAUAUUGUUCUAACAUGCGAAGUUCGUGGUGGGCGACCUGAACCAGCUGUUACGUGGUUUAAUGGAUCACAGAUGAUAAUGUCAGGUGGUAAUGGUGUAUCAAUGGGUAGACAUGUGACUGUUAAUCGUUUAGAAGUCAAUCAUAUUAGUCGAAAUGCAUUAAAUUCAACAUAUAAAUGUCAAGCAUCAAAUACAAAAUUAGUUCCGCCAGCAGAGAAAAAUAUUCGAAUUGAAAUGUUAUUGAAACCUUUACAUGUAAAUAUAUCUGAAAAGCCUAAAGUUUUAAUAUCGGAAGUUGAAUAUAAUUUGACAUGUUACGUUGGUGGUUCAGUUCCAGAAACAGACAUUAAAUGGACUCAAAAUAAUCGGCCAUUUAAAAGGGGGAAGAUAUAUUCCAUUCAAAAUGGUAGUAUUGUAACAUCAAUUUUAACAUUUCGACCAGUACCAGAAGAUGAUGGCACUAUACUUAAAUGUGAAGGAUCUAAUCCACGUCUUCCUAAUUCAGCUUUAGAGGAUUCAAUUUUAUUAAAUGUUAUGUAUCCACCGACGGUGACGUUAUCACUGGGCUCAACAUUAAAAGCGGAUGAUAUCAAGGAGGGUGAUGAUGUCUAUUUUGAAUGUCAUAUCAAAGCUAACCCCAAAGAACAUCGUAUCACAUGGUCUCAUAAUGGUGUUCCCGUAACACAAAAUGUAUCAUGGGGUGUUAUAAUCUCUACAAGAUCAUUGGUAUUACAAAAAAUUACAAGAGUACAUGCUGGUCAUUAUGCAUGUGCUGCUGCUAAUGAUAGAGGUGAAACUCAAAGUGCCUUAGUUAACUUAAGGAUAAGAUAUGCUCCAGUUUGUAGUACAAAUCAGGUAACAAUAGUAGGUGCAUCACUUGAAGAAUCUGUUCCAAUACCAUGUCGAGUUAAUUCUGAUCCACCGGAAAUUGAAUUUGAAUGGACAUUUUCUAGUAGUGGAGAACAUUUUGAGGUACCAUCUGGACAUUAUGCAACAAUACAAGAAGCAACAACGAAUAAUAAUGCUGGUGGAGGUGCUAAUGGUGGUAGCAGUGGAAUUGGUGUCAACAAUAAUAAUGCAUUUAGUAGUAGUAGUUCUAAUGCAAAUAAUGGUGGAACUUCUCAUCGUACUAUAAUUGAAUCGAAUGAAACACAUAUUGAAACAUAUGUAGAAACCAUCAGUGAAUUGAUUUACACACCGAAAAGCGAACGAGAUUAUGGCACUCUAGCAUGUUAUGCUAAAAAUACAAUUGGAAGGCAAACAGAUCCAUGUUUAUUUCAAGUGGUGCCAGCAGCAAAACCAGCAGCAUUAAAGAAUUGUACCUUAAGACCAUAUGUGGUAACAUCGGCUUCAUUAAAUUCUUCAAAUCAAACCACAAUACAUCCUAAUCAUAUGGCUUUAAGACAACAUCAUAAUAAUCCACAACAACAGCAGCAGCAGCAGAAUCCUAAACAACAUUAUAACCAACAGCAACAUCAGCAGCAAUUUCAUAAACAUAAUAAUAAAAAAACUGAUUCAUCAGAUUUAUCAUUAGAUAAACCUAUUUAUCAUGGUAAACAAAAUCAAGUUCAACUUGAAUAUUUACGUGAUAUGACCCACCAAAAAAAAUUAGAAAUCAAUUCAAAAUCAACUAUAAAUCCCGAAAAUAAUUUUUUUCAAAGAAAUUCUAAAUUAAAUCAUCCACAAGAUAUUAACAAUAAUAAUAAUAAUAAUAUCGACCAUGAUGAUGAUUCACAUAUUUAUGAUUCAAUUGAUUCAGAGGAUAUUAUUGAUGAUGAUGAAAAUAUUGAACGUCGAAAACGUGAUAUAAAUUUACGAAAAAAUUUACAAAAAUCAAAAUCAUCAUCUGAACAAAUUGAAGGAUCAUCUGAUUCAAUGGAAAUAAUAUUAAAAAAUAAUUUAACAAUGAGAAUUCAUAAUCAUCAUCAAAGAAAUGACAAUGAUACAAAAAUUGAGAAAUUCAAUUUAAAAGACAUUAACAGCAAUAGUAAUAAAUCUAUAAAUUUAAAAAAUAUUUCUAAAGCAUUGAAAAGAACUCAAAAUUUAGGAAAGGACGCAAUAAAAAAUAGGAAUAUUUUUCAAGAAUUACAAUUACAACACAAAUUACAACAACAUAAUUUAAAUAAUAAGGAGCAAUCAUUUAAACCACUGAAGAGGUUACGUACAAAAAAUAAAUCAAAUUUAUUAACAAAUAACAAUAAUGAAUUAAAUAAUAAAAUUGUACAAAAAAACUACAUGACACAUAUGUCAAAGAGGCAAAUAACAACAUCACAGUUAGAACUUUCUUCAGAUAUUCUUGUCGAUUCAUCGUCAUCAUCAUUGUCGUCUUCUUCAUCUUCCUCCCAGUUAUUAGAUUUAUCAUAUCCUUCGCCAUCAUCUUCAAUUUUAUCAGUAUCAUCAAUACCAACAUCAUUUUAUUCAUCAUUAGCAUCUUCGUCAUCAUCAUCAUUAUCUUCGUCUUCUUCAGUUUCUGGAGAAUAUCCAAGACCAACAACAAAUAAUUUACAAAAAGAUUUAAAUGGACAUUAUAUUAUACCCACUGGCAGUAGUGGUGUUUCUAGUAAUGAAGAUAGUGGUUUAAUAUCAUUUUCAACUUUAGAUGCUGGUAGUAUGGGUGAUUCUAGUAUUAUUGUUGAAUCUACUGGUAUUUCAAAUGUUAUAAUAAGUUCUUCAGUUGCCUCUUUAAAUGAAAAUAAUGAUGAUAGUGAUGAUAAUUUUGAUAGAAAAACAUCAUCUAUGAAUAAUGAAUUAUAUAAAACUAAUGUGAAUAAUCGAAAUAAAAAAUUAAAUAGCCUAGAGAUACAAUAUCAUAAAAAUGUUCAUGAUAUACAAGACAAUAUUUCAGAUGAUGAUAAAUUAGAUAUAGAAAAAACUACUAAUGAUAGUCAUAUUACAAAAAUGGCGAUGCUUAAAAAUGGAAAUUCUUUAACAAAAGAUGAAAAACAAAAAAAAUCCAAUAACAAAUCUUCAUCAGGAUCAUUAGAAGCAUCAUCUUCUUCUAUAUUAUUGUCUUCAUCAAAAUCUUCAUCUUCUCCAACAUCACUUUCUUUAUUAUCGUCAUCUGCAAUGUCAUCGUUGUCAAAAUCAUCAUCAUCAUCGUCUUCUAUAUCGUUACCAUCAGUAUCAUCAUUACUAUUAUCACCAUCAUCAUCUCUAUCUACAAAUUUUAUGUCUUCCAAUAAUAUGAAUAGUCGUCAUUAUAAUGACCAUCAUAAUAUUAAAAAUAAAUUUGAAGACACUAUAGAUUUAAAUGAUGAUAUCUCAAGCGAUAUAAUAGAUAAUCAAAAUAAUAUUAUUGAUGGUAUUGAAGGUGGUAACAAUAUUCAAAAUACCGGUAAUAUAAAUUUAGAUAAAAAUAAUAAUGCUGGUAAUGAUAUUGAAGAAAAAAAUGUGCCAAAUUUUGCAUAUCUUAAAUAUGAUUGGCAAUCAUCAUUAACUUCUUAUAGUGGUAGUAGUAAUAGAGGUGGUAGUUCAUCAGGUAUUAGUGGUCCGAAAAUUGAUUAUAGUAGAAGUGGUAGUAGCAGUUAUUCUAAUAUACCAUCAAUAUCAUCAUCAGCAUCAGCAUCAUUUUAUUCAAGUAGUUAUAAUUAUGGUUCUAAUAAUGGUAUUAGUAAUGGUGGAAAUAGUGGAAAUCAUUUUGAAAAUUAUGAUAAUAUUAUUUAUUCAACAAUGGAAUUGGAAUGUUUUGCUGGUUAUGAUGGUGGCUUACCACAACAUUUUAUGUUAGAAGCAUAUGAUGCUAAAACCAAAAAAUUAAGAUUAAAUAUGACUAGCACAUAUGCUGAUUAUCCAAUUUUUCGGAUUGAUUUAUCAGAUCUUCUUCCAAUGGAUUAUUAUCCUGAUUCAAAUCCAGCAUUACAUCUUGUCGCAUACAGUGUAAAUCAAAAAGGACGCUCAGAACCUAUUGUUAUCGAGAAUAUUCCCAUCAAUGAAGCUGAUAAACGUGCUGAUGGUGCAAUUGGUAUUUCAAUACUACCACUUGCAGCUCUAUUAACUGGAACACUUUUUACUGUUGGAAUUGGAAUACUUUUAGUUGUUGUUAUUGCAAUACGGAAACGACGUGAACAGAAUGGUAGAAAUAUGUGUGAUGAUAAGGAUAAACAUCUUGGAAUGGAUGUAACAUUAACAGCACCACUUGAAACUGGAGCUGGCCAUCAAAGAUUAGUUGUUGCCUAUACACUAAAACAAGGAAUUGAAAAACAACCUGAUAUAUUAAAUGCACAGAAAGGUUCAGAUACUUCACUUGGACGCCAUAAUUCAUCUUCACCAUUAAAUAGUCGGCCUAAUGCUCUUUUUAUUGGAAAUAAAAAUUUUACAACAUCAAAUAAUUAUGACUCACCUCCAUCGUUACAAUACAGUAAUGAAAACGAAAUUCAAGCAAAUUGCACUUCACCAUCAUCGACCUUACAACAACCUCAACAGCAGCAACCACAGCAGCAACAACAACAACAAAUAUUAUUACAACAUCAACAAACAAAUUCUUUAGAUAAUCGAAAUGCUUAUCAUAAUCCACAAAAUAUGCUCUAUGACGCAUUACCUCAAUUUGGUAUAAAACAACCUAUUUUGCCAACAAUUGGUACAACAUCAACUUCAAUACAACCGCACCAACAACCACAUCAUCAUUCACAAAUAUCAUCUGAUAUGAUGAUACCAACUUCAAUGAUUCCAUUAAGAGGAUCACGUCAUGAUAUUAACAGUAGUAAUUGUAAUAUAAAUUCAAAUUCUUCAAUAGUACCAACUGGAUCAACAACUACAACAACAGCAAUUACAAAUAAUAGAUAUGACACAUUACCGAUAGGAAAUUUUAAUAGUAAUAGUUGUAAUAAUCAAAAUGUAAAUGAUUUACAACAAAAUAAUAUCAAUUUAGCACAACAUAAACAAUUAUUACAUCAGCAACAGCAACAAUUAUAUAAUAGUAGUAAUAAUAUUACUAGUGCUAAUAGUAAUACUAAUGGUAAUAUUGGUAAUAAUAUUAAUCCUGGUAUUAUUGUUGAUGGAAUGAAUAUUAUUAAUGGUAUGAAUAAUAGUGGUAGUGGUAGUGAAUUAUCAUCAUCAAUAAAUGAUUAUUUAGCAUCUAGUAUUGAUUUUAGUUUAGGUAAUAAUUCAAUUGUUGGACAUCAACAGCAACAAACUCAUUUACAUGCAAAUAAUAUAACAACAUUGCCAAGAAUAAAUAAUUCAUCAAUGAAUUCAAUAACUAGUAAAAAUAUAUCGAGUGGACAAACGACAACAACAAUACAAAAUACAACAAAUAAUUCCACAACUAGUAGUAGAAAUCAUAUAAUAACAGAUACUUUACCUGGACCAGAGAGUUGUGUUUAAUUUAUAGUAACUUUAUAAAAUAAUAUAUAUAUACAUAUACAUUUAUUUUAAUUUAAAUUUUUUAUAUAUAUAAGUACACAAUAAAAUGUACAUAUAAAACGAUUUUUUAAUAUUAAUUUUUCAUAUAUAAUGUAUUGUAACCCAUAAAGAGAAUUUAUUUUUAUUUUAUAUCCUUGUACAUAUAUAUUGUAUUAAUAUGUGGUAGUAUUACAUAAUAUCUGGAAUAAUGUAGAUAUUUUCACUUCUUUGUUUUUUUUUGUUUUUAAUUAUGAGAAAAACUGUAAAGCCUAUUAUAAUCGUUUUGAUAACGGUUAUUGGUGAGCUCAUAUCAUAUAAAAAUUAAAGGAAGAUUUGAAGGUGAUUUUACAGAUCUCUAUGAAAAAAAACAAGGAUUAAUAAUAUAAAAAGAAAAACAAUAAUGUAAAAAUAAAUUAUUUUUAUUCUUUAUUUUCAAUUACUAUAAAACAUUUAAUAUUAAUAAUGGUUGUUAAAGUUUUUUCUAUAAAAUAUUUUAUUUUUAAAGUAGAAUUCCAGGAAAAUGAUAUUAUAAGACCUUCUUAUUGUACUAUAUUCUAAUUAAAUCAAAAUUUUGUUCUUAAUAAUAACAAUAAUAAAAAAAAUUUUAACAAAUAUCUUAAUUAAAUGCAAUAAUUUUAAAACAUUUUCAAGUUUGAGUCUCAAAAACAGAUUUUUACAAUAAUAUAAUAAUAAUAAUAAUAUGUACAUGCAUUCAUAUUAUUAUGAUAAUAAGUCUUAACAACAAUGUAUAGAUCAGCGGAAUUUCAUACAGAAAAAUUCAGAAUGUUUCUAUCAUCGAUUUCUCUAUAUUACUAUAUUAUUACAAUUGUAAUGUCAGAGUACCUAACAUAGUUCACGCUUUAACAAGAAUUUCCUCUAUGCAUACAUCAUAGCUAUGUAAAUUACAAAGAACAAGGAAGUAGGGUCAUAUUUUAAACAAAUUUCGAUGUAGCAUGAAAAUUUAAAUUUCAAUUCAUAAAAAAGAAAUUUUUAAAUAAAAAAAUUUAAAACCUCCAAACAUUUUUUUAUAAAUUCCAAAAGAAAAAAUGUUAUUUUGGAACAAUAUAAAAAUUGCAUAUAUUUAAUAAUGAAAUUUGUUAAAUGAAAAAAAAAAAUUAGAAUUACAUAUAAUUUUAAUAUUUUAAAAACUUUAACAAUCAUUUGAUAAAUUAAAAUAUAUAAGAAGCAAAAAAUUAGUAUGAAAUUUGUAAUUUUUGUUUUAAAACAUAAAAAACUAUUAUCGUACUUCGAAAUAGAAAAGAGAAAAAGUUGUAACUAAAGACUGGUCCACUUCAAUAAAACGAAAACAAUAUAUAAAAGAAAAAAUAAUAAAAUUAAUAAUAAUGUAAAUGGAAUCUGUUAUUUAAUAUAAAUAAAAUAAAAAAUUAAUUAUAGGAAAUUAAAUGAACCUACUGAAAACAUGUCUAAAAAAAA